AUGAACUCGCUUCUCGUCCUUCUCAUCUUUCUGAUCGCCGUCGUCUCUUUGAUCCUAGCUGUGCCGACCUUCUCGACCAACUCCGAAACACUGUCUUCAUCGACCACCCCAGAGCGUUGGACGACUACGCAUAACGAAGACGGACAAAAGAAGUGUGGAGAAAGAAUGUUCAAGUACAUGACAGCGAUAUGUGGCCAGUGCGAACGUAAGUAAACCCUUUUGAUGAUCUUUACAAGCUACAGUCGAUAACCGUACUCGUGAUGAAAACAAAACUGACAUUUUCAGCUGGCACCAAUGAGAACAUCGCAACCAAUUGUUGCGAGUUCGGAUGUUCCGUGGAGAAGGUGAAACGUGCAUGCUGUCCGCAUCUACUGCCGUAG